AUGGGUGUUGACCGAACCUUCAACUCUGAUGCCCUAAAGGCCCAUAAUUUGCUUCGUGCCCUGCACGGAUGCGAACCCAUCUAUUACGAUGACAGUUUGGCCCAACAGGCUCAAGCCUACGCGGAGAAACUGUCGACGAAACAGCGGCUUCUGAAAAGUCAUCAGGGAAACUAUGGCGAAAAUGUGGCCGUAAGAACUGGUCUGGACGCGGAUCGAUUGUCAGGUAGGCAGCCCAACAGGCCAUCUCUUCGGCAUUUAUAUUAA